UCCUCUCACUUCAGCGUGCAAGUUACAGGAAGGAUUUAUGACGCCAUAAAUAUGAGAGGAUCCACGCGACAAACCUCCUCCGCUCCGUUAUUUGACGUCUGGACCAUAUGAGAUGAGCCGCACAUGGAUCUACACUGAAGUUAUUGGAUUUUCACUCGCGGGAGAUUAAUUUGACAAAUGCGCUGCAUCCUCAUCAGGCUAUGAUUAUUUUUGGGAAUAUCUGACAUGGCAAGGAUACUAUCCAUCCUCGCGAAAAUCAUGCUUUUCAAAAUACUGGGAUUAAUUCUCCUACAAGGUGUCUUGACGUCCGAUGCCAUGGUCAAAUCAGAGGUCACCCCUGGAAGUCUCCCAGACUCCAGCAGGGUGUUUGGCUCCGGGGGAUCCUCGAGCACACAGCUGUCUGAGGCAGCGGAGACAAAGUCCAGACCUAAGCGCUGCACCUGCUAUUCCUACAAGGAUAAAGAGUGCGUCUACUACUGCCACCUGGAUAUCAUCUGGAUCAACACUCCCGAACGCACUGUGCCCUAUGGAAUGUCGAGCUACCGAGGCCCUCAGCGUAUCAGACGUGCUGCUGUCGGACCACCAGCUGAACAUGAGGGGGCAAAGACUCAGCGCUGCAUUUGUGUUGUACUUGACGGAGAUCCCCAGUGCCAGGAUUUUUGUCUGUCAAGCCCUCUGCAGACAGUGCCAGGCAGGAGUCUCCACAGGGUCCCUGGCCCUGGAUGACAGUUUGACAGCUCUCCAUCUUCUGCUCUUCUUCUUGGGGGACUGGACUCUUCACUCCUUUGCGGGGCCCCUUCACUCUCCGUUUGGCACUCUUGCCGCCACAGGUACACUCACAGUCAAGGAAAGAACUUUGAAGCAAGUUCCAUCAGGCCGAGUGGUUUCAAGAACUCUUGAGCAAAUUCAGUUCAGAUCCCUGGAGGCUAUUCCCUUUUUGUUCCCUCCUAAGAGCAGCAUGAGGAUUACUUGCACCAUAAUGCAAAAUAAUACAAUAGCCAAUGACUUUGCUUCUGUCAAGCUUGUGCAGACAAACCAUUUGUAUUCACACCUGGUUACAGAUUGUUGUGGACUACACUUGACUCUAUUGUGCAAAACAACGAGAUAAACUUGUAUCAAUGUAUAAGAGACAACUACUACUUGUGAGAAACCAUGGAAAUC